GGUCUUGCUUCUCUUAAACAAGACCAUUGCCACGACCAGAGAUGUAAUUCACUCACUUUCUACUGAUGGAACAAGAAGAGGCAGAUAUUGACAACAAACUUGCAUUCGACUUCAUUCUCUGAAGAAGGACUGGGACCAGAAUUCAUGCUUCAGUUGGUGAACAACUCAUCAAAAAAUUCGAUGACAAGCUACGCGAGGGAGAUGCGAUUGUCCUCUAGUUGUUCAAAGUGUACGAUGCUACUGGUGAAUACCGUACGACGCCACAUCCUUACAAAAUUGGCUUCUUUCACACAACAUUUGUUGGAAUAGCUGAUGAUUUUCCAACUGCAGUUCCCGAAAAGUAUUUCGCGGACUUCUCUGAUAUUCUUGGUGGAAAUCUGGAUCAUAGCUGUUUGGUUGACGUGGUUGGCCAAAUAGUUAACUUCGGGUCUCUGGAAAACAAAAUAAUAAAAGGAAAGGACAACAUGAGGCUCUUGGUUGAGUUGCGUGACCCAAAUAAUGUGAAGAUGCUGUGUACUCUGUGGGGUUGUUAUGCUAAACAAGUAUACGAUUACAGUAGGAGUAACAUGUCCACCAUGAUUAUUUGUGUGAUCAUAUUCUGUUCUGUGAAAGAGUGGAAAGGUGCUUACUCCAUAUCUAGCGGGUAUAAUUCAACCCAUAUCCUGCUCAACCCAACACUCGAUUUUAUUGAGGAGUUCAAAGCAAGUCUCCCUGAUGAUUCACUUGCUCUUACGAACAACGAUAGUAGCCAAUGGUCUGUUGGUACAGCUACUUCUAUUCGUGCCAGGGCAAUCGGAAAGGCAUUUUUCUAG